CAUCCUCCUCAGUCAUCAACAAGGCAUUUUCGUCAAGAGAACUACUGCUCACUGGAUAUGUCCUAUAUUUUGGACUGUUCUCUAUAAACCGUCGACUAGAGGACAACAUUCUGAUGAUUAGGAGUGCUUAUUCAGCUAUCAGAGUACCCCAAGACUUUAUAGAUGCUAUGAAACGCUUAUCUGGAGGACAACCAGACAUGGCUGCUAACACUCAAGCAGCACAGAAAGCUUCAUCCUCAGUUGAAAAAUGGAAGUCUUCAUUCACACCAAUUGGUGAUGAAGAUGAAGACUCUCAGGACAAAAGCAGCACAGAAAAGACUGGCCUUUAUGACCCUUACAACCCUUUGUCGUCAGACUCUGAGCCCGAGAUGCCACCAGACCAAGGCCACAAACUCUCCCCACCCACUGAGGAUAAUAGUGUGGAGCGUCAGUGUUUAACUUCAGCGAGAGACUGUCCUGACGGCCGACACUGGGGCUCAACCUACUCCAAACCAGGAAGCGGACCCCCAGACAGAGGAGAAUUUGGCACUGGAACCAGACCUAUAGAAAUUCCAGGUCUCAGUCCAGGAAUUAGAAAGCAUGAACAACAGAUUUAUAGCCCAGAAGCUGAAUCACUUAAUUGUUCAAGCUUUGGCUCCUUGAGUGAAGUAUUGGGCCAGAGAGGUGGCACACCUGACAGGCGUAUUCACAGCUCCUCCACCCAGCAGUUUCCUGUGCCUUAUGGACAGAGAACCAAUGGGGAGGAGACGAUAACAGUACCAGGAUAUAAGAUGGAGACUAUUAGAUUAUCCCCACCAAGGUCACAGGACUAUCAGCAUCAGGUGGGCUAUAUGAAAAAAGGACGGGACCAAGACGUACCUUCUACAAAGGUGACAAGGAACACGCGCCAAACUGUAACUUUGGAAAAAACGCCCAUCACUUGUGACCUUUGUGAGGUUGAGCUUGCCAAUGGGCAGGAGCUGCAGGAUCAUUUGGACAGCAAAUGUCACUGGGACACCCUGGAGCACAUUCAGCAGAAUAAUAAAUACGAUGACGUAAUGAUAGCGUUCCUUCAGGAAGUGAUGCUGUAUAAGAGCCAUUAUUGUAGCCAAGCAGUAGAGGACAAUGCUCUUCAAACUCUACAGGAAAAUAACCACAUGACAAAGGUGGAAAUGUUUCAUUGUGCUGCUUGCAAAGUUUACAUAUCCACAUCUGUUGCUGAAGUGCAGGCUCACAUCACCUCUGAGGAACACCUCGCUCACACGAAGGAGUUUGAAGUGCAUAGGAGACAUGUUUGCCUCAGCAAAGCAGAAGCCAUGAUGAAGGAGCUAAAACCACAGUUUGAACACUUCCUGAAGGGUGGCAGCCCAUUUGAAUGACAGAACUUACUGGAUGUUGUCAUGAGACUGUUUACACUGAGAUGCUGCGCGCGUCGGAUGAAGAGCAGUCGACUUUACUCUUCAUUACCACACAAAACUGCUGUCCCAGUACUCGUGUCUAAUGCUGACAGACAUGCUGUUGUGGGCCUGUGAACACAAUGCAGCUUUUCUUUGUUUAUAUACGGAUUCCCAUUUCUCAUCUGCCUCGCGUUGCGCUGACUACAGCUGCUCCCAGACGAUCUCCAUCUGGGUGCCUGUAGAAGUUUAAACUUGCAGUUUUGUUAACACUAAUUCUUUGUACCUUCCACAUCAAAAUAUGCUACAUUAAAAAAACCAAAACGAAACUUGAAUGCAUAAAUAAUUUGAAAAACGUCAGAUUGUUUCUUUGUCUUUUAUUUAGAACAACACAAAUGUUUUAAGCAUUGUAUCUUUGUGAUAUAGUACAUUUAAAAUUAAAUUAUUUCAAAACAGUAUAUUUAAACAUUAAAUAUAGGUGACGUGUAUGAAGGGCUUGGUCAGCACGGGUUGUGCGUGUUAGGUCUCUCUCUCUUUUUUACCUCUUUUCUUCCUCAACCACCUUCAGUUUAAAUCUUAUGUUAGAAACAAUGCAGUUACUGAAAUACUAUAAAACACUCUUUCUAUGCAUGACACGUUUUCAGACAUUUUUUUUCUUUUUCAUUUUUCCUUUUUUUUUGUUUUGUUUUGCACUUUAAUUCAAAAUAUUUCUCUCAGUAACUCUGGCCUGAAAAGAGACUGUGGGUUUUGAUUUGACCGUGUUGCAAUACAAAGGAAACAUGACUUGAUGUGAAUAUUGAUACAGAAGAGAAGUGCUCCCAGAAACUGACUCAAACCAUGAGAAAUCUGAGGUAAAAGUUGUCUUCAUUAGAAAUGGAUUCCACACUA